AUGCUGUUGGUGGCUUUGGGAUCUUCCUGCAAAGUGGUUGUUGAUCAUGUUGCGGGUGCCGAGUCUAGUAAGACUCGAUCUUUUAGAGAGUCUAGUGAGAAGAGGCCGCGUCAUUAUGGUGGUUAUAGUAGUUCUAGCUACUGGGGUGGGGGACAGUUUUCCAGGCCCAGUGUUUAUGGAGAUGGACAGUCCCAUGGUGGUUCUUACUCUAGUCCAGCUGACCGUGGUGGUCCGUCUAGUUCAUCGGCUUCAGUGUAUUGGCCUCCAGCCCCCAGAUGUUGCUAUGUUUCUGGUGAUUCUGGCUACUUUAUGAGAGAUUGUCCCACAUCCAAAAGUGGGUCCCAGCAGGGUUCUCUAUUCCAUACUUUUAGGGCUCCGACACCAUAUGGAGGCCGGGGUUGUUCUUCAGCCAAAGACGGUGCUCAGUCUGGCCGCAGUGGAUCUUAUCCGUCCAGAAGUGGACACCAGUUCAGCAGAGGCUAUUCUCAAACGUCCAGAGGAGGAGCACAGUCGGGCCAGAGUGGCCAUGGUGGCGGUCUUUGCUAUUCUUUUCCGGGUAGGCCUGAGACUUAG